AUGGAAAGCCUGUUCAACUCUCCUCCCAACCCCAACGACGCCAGCGACCAGCCCCACCACAUCCUCGAACCCCUCGCCUUCAAAUACAACUACCAAAGCCAAUACAUGUGCAACAUGGUCCAUGCGAUGGACGAUAUCACUUACUCAAAACUAGCGGAAUCCUGUCUCGUCCCUUUCGCGGUGUUCGGAUAUGGGCUGAGAGAAUUUACGGAGACGUUCUACGUGGCGGACCGGCUGAUACUGGCGCUGGGGGGUGAGGCGCAGAAAGAGGAUGAGUGCGCGGGACGGUGCCAUGGGCCGUAUGAUGGCCAUCACGGAGGGGUUUGGGAGGGUGGGAAUGAGCACUCGGAGGGGUGUGAUUGUACGAGCGAGGAGGAGGAGGAUGAGGAGUCUUAUGACGAGAUUGCGCAUGAGGAGGGAGUGUGGGGUGGGGAUGAGAUGGACUUGAGUGACUAG